UAUGGUGAGCGGCGCCAGCUCCUCCUUUUAGGGUGGCGGCCAUUUUGGCCGGGUGGCAGCCGGAGCACGUUGUCUCCGAGCCCAGCUGCGAGCCCCGGAGGGGGCCCUUCGCAGCUUCCCCGUUUCCCUCCGUCCCGGACUGGAGGCCUCCCCUUCUCCCCCCCCCCUUCGCUUCUUGAACUUGAAUUAUCCAAUUCCAUUGUUUUGGAAUCUCAAGUCUGUGUUAUCUACGUAAUUCUAAGUUCAUCACAAUGGCUGAUAAGCUAACAAGAAUUGCUAUUGUGAGCCAUGACAAGUGUAAGCCAAAGAAAUGCCGCCAAGAGUGCAAAAAGAGCUGUCCUGUGGUUCGAAUGGGGAAGCUGUGCAUAGAAGUGACAUCACAGUGCAAAAUAGCAUGGAUUUCUGAAACGUUGUGCAUUGGUUGUGGUAUUUGCAUAAAGAAAUGUCCUUUUGGAGCCUUGUCCAUUGUUAACUUGCCUAGCAACCUGGAGAAAGAAACAACACACAGAUACUGUGCCAAUGCCUUCAAACUUCACAGGUUGCCUAUUCCACGUCCAGGAGAGGUGCUGGGGUUGGUUGGAACCAAUGGUAUUGGAAAGUCAACUGCCUUGAAAAUCUUAGCAGGAAAACAGAAGCCAAACCUUGGAAAAUACGAUGAUCCUCCUGAUUGGCAAGAAAUCCUGACUUACUUUCGAGGAUCUGAGUUGCAGAACUAUUUCACCAAGAUCUUGGAAGAUGACCUCAAGGCCAUCAUUAAGCCCCAGUAUGUGGACCAGAUCCCUAAAGCUGCUAAGGGAACAGUGGGCACUAUAUUGGACAGGAAAGAUGAAACUGGCACACAGACUAUUGUAUGUCAGCAGCUUGAUUUGUCUCAUCUGAGGGAAAGAAAUGUUGAAGAUCUAUCUGGAGGAGAACUUCAGAGAUUUGCCUGUGCUGUGGUUUGCAUUCAAAAAGCUGACAUCUUCAUGUUUGAUGAGCCCUCCAGCUACCUGGAUGUUAAGCAGCGUCUGAAGGCUGCCAUUACUAUUCGAUCUCUAAUAAAUCCUGACCGGUAUAUUAUUGUUGUGGAACAUGACCUGAGUGUGCUGGAUUAUUUGUCUGACUUCAUCUGCUGCUUAUAUGGUGUGCCAAGUGCUUAUGGUGUUGUCACUAUGCCUUUUAGUGUAAGAGAAGGGAUAAACAUUUUCUUGGAUGGCUAUGUUCCAACAGAAAACCUAAGGUUCCGAGAUGCGUCUCUUGUUUUUAAGGUGGCAGAGACAGCUAACGAAGAAGAGGUCAAGAAGAUGUGUAUGUAUAAAUAUCCCGGAAUGAGAAAAAAGAUGGGGGAAUUUGAGCUGUCAAUCGUUGCUGGAGAAUUCACUGACUCUGAAAUAAUGGUGAUGCUGGGAGAAAAUGGAACUGGAAAAACGACAUUCAUUCGCAUGCUUGCUGGGAGACUGACACCUGAUGAUAAAAGUGAAGUACCAGUUUUAAAUGUUAGUUAUAAGCCACAGAAGAUUAGUCCUAAAUCUACUGGAAGUGUACGUCAGCUACUUCAUGAAAAGAUUCGAGAUGCCUAUACACACCCCCAGUUUGUGACUGAUGUAAUGAAACCUCUACAGAUUGAAAAUAUCAUUGAUCAAGAGGUGCAAACAUUGUCUGGUGGUGAGUUGCAGCGGGUUGCUCUUGCCCUCUGUCUUGGCAAGCCAGCUGAUGUCUACUUGAUUGAUGAACCUUCGGCAUACCUAGACUCAGAACAACGUCUGAUGGCGGCCAGAGUUGUCAAACGUUUCAUUCUCCAUGCUAAAAAAACUGCCUUUGUGGUAGAGCACGACUUCAUCAUGGCUACCUACCUUGCAGAUCGUGUCAUUGUCUUUGAUGGCAUUCCAUCCAGGUGCACAGUGGCAAACAGUCCUCAAACUCUUUUGGCUGGCAUGAAUAAGUUCUUGUCUCAGCUCGAGAUUACUUUCAGAAGAGAUCCAAACAAUUACAGACCAAGAAUAAACAAACUCAAUUCAAUCAAGGAUGUGGAACAGAAGAAAAGUGGGAACUACUUUUUCUUGGAUGAUUAAAUGAAAAGUUGAUCAUCAGUUUAUAAAAACGAAAACUUUGUUAUAUGAAAUGCAAUCAGGUUUUAAAAUAUUUCUCAUUCCAGAGGUUAAAAUAGAAUGUUACUGUCAUGUAACAUCUCCUGCCCAGUAGCAGAGUCAGAGCACCUCUUUUUGUGCCUGCCAAGGCCAUCUUUUGAUGUAAUAUUUCAAAGCAGAGACAGCUGAAGUGACCAUACCAAGAUACUAUGUACUUUUUCCACAAUGGGGAUAUUUUGGUUCAAACCUAACUUAUUAAUGUACCAAACGCUGACAUGUUUCCAAUUUUAAGUCUUUGAGCUGUUUUCUGUACAAGAUGGUUUACAAAAAAGUCAAGAUAUAGAAAUUGCUUAUUUUAAAAGAUUGACUCUCUGUAAAUGAGGGUUUCAUAAAUAAAUGUCAUCUAAAUCUACAA